AUGGGUAUCAACACUGCUACAGCCCCAAUCUGGCAGACCGAAACAUCCCAAACUAAAUGGCGCGGAAAACUAGUAAUCCUAGAUAUGAUGAUGAACAUCGCCGGCUUCUGCCUCGUCAAUUGGAUCAACUAUGGACUAGCAUUUGCAGGCGGCUCUGUAUCCUGGCGAUUCCCACUUGAGAGAACGGCUGUUGGCAAGGGUGUUUUGCCUAUUGAGACCGCAGAGCAUGUGGAAUGGACAGACGCAGAGAGGAAGAGCAUCAAUAACAAAGUGAAUGCAAGUCCUAGCAAAGAAUCUACCCUAGAAUCGGUACUGGAACUAAUUACUCCUUGA